UUCUGAUGGACUUCCCACUCCGGCAAAGAUCCAGCCCUGCCUCCGCUUUACAAACUAGAUAGAUUCGUGAGUGAGCAGCCAGAUGUCGUGCAAUGGACUACUAUCUGUCGCUCUUUAUUUUUUCCUCAGCUGUUUUUGAGCAGACCUGGUGUCAACAUAAUUCCAGCAACAGCGAAAACGGUACAGCGACCCCGAUCAAUGUGGUGUGCAUAAACAACGGUUUCACACAAAACGGGAUCUGCGUCUGCCCAGAUGACUGGACCGGAGCUGCCUGCAACAUUCCAAAUUUCUGCCCUGAAGCGACCGUCACAACAACUUUAACGCUGACCUUUCCCAAAACCGUCUUAGGCCAGUUUGCUUCCUCCGUAGAGCGAUGUCCACCAGAAACCGCGAAUGCUGGCAUGCACAAAGCUUCGGCUCUCUGUAAUAGAGAUACUCGCUUUUUUGGUUCUCCAAACAUUCUGAAUUGUAGUUUGACCCUGGACACCAUUAAUGAAUGGGUUUCUGGAGCUACCCCUGAACAAAAACAGAACUUAGCCUCCAGUACCCAGAUCCUCACAUCCAUAACGGAGCGGCUAACACCCAGCAAUAUAACACAUGCAGCUCAGAUAACCACCACCCUGCUCACUGACACACAAACUGCACAAACUAUGGAUAUUGCAAUAUCAGCCGUCGCCAUAGUCAGUCAGCUCCUGAGCGCAAGUCCUGAGCAGUACUCUUCUGUCGACCAUAAAGCAACUUCUCAACUAACACAGACUCUGCAGAAGCUCUCUCUGCGUGAAAUGCCAAAUUCACUGUUAGUGCAACCGAAUAUGGCGGUUCAGUCACUGAAGGGAGCAACGCCAAUAAAACAAGUGCAGUUAACCUCUUUUAAAGAAUUUGAUAAAGAUGUUGGGUUUGUCCUUUAUGAUAACGAUCAGUUCUUCAAGUCAAAAAGCUUUCAACCUUCUCUGGAUACCAAGAGAAGAGUGAUAUCAGCUAAUCUUCAAGAAAGUUCUGGAACUGAUCAGUUUCAGUUUGCAGUCACAUCUUCGGCUGAUUCCACAUUGUCCAUCAAUGACUUUGCAUGUGUGUUUUGGAGUUAUGAAAAACAGGACUGGAACACAGAAGGUUGCACUAAAACCGAAAGCCCCUCGGGACAUUUAGUUUGCAAGUGUGAAAGACAAAAAAAUGCAAACUUUGCUAUUCUGAUGGCAUAUGAUAUCAACUAUCAGUAUUCUGAAGCCUUGCAUUGGCUCAGCAUCACCGGCUGUGCUAUGUCCGUGGUGGGACUAUGUGUCACAGCAUUGUACCAAAUCAUAACCAGGAAGUCAAGAGGAUUCAGUCCCACUCUGCUGGUGGUGAAUGUUUGCAUAAGCAUGAUGGUUUUCUACCUUCUCUUCAUCUUCGGCAUAAACAACCCCGUCCAACAUGCGAAUGUAGCAAAGGUGUCUGGCCAAAAUAUAAUUCCUCAAUCUGACUACCACAAGUACCCAGAUCAAGGGCCCUGUACGGCAUUCACAGCUCUGCUUCAGUACUUCGUGUUGGCUACGUUCACUUGGAACACUCUCUAUGGCCUUAAUGUGUUCCUGCUCUUCAAAAACUCUGCAGUGUCUGGAACACCUUCAUGGUUUCCAAAGGUCUCCAUGGCUGUUGGAUGGGGUUUGCCUGCUGUUAUUGUUGCUAUCUCAUUGGGUUCCACUUACCGCGUAGAUGAGCCUUUAAGUUAUCGACAAGAAGAGUUCUGCUGGUUGGCUUUAUUGGACAACAAACAGAAGUUCAGUAUAAAGAAACCCAUGCUUUGGGGAUUUGUUCUCCCGUUAAUGCUCAUGCUAAUCUCAAGCACAGCAAUACUGUUGCAUUUCUCUUACAACAUCUGCAGGACCAACCCUAACUUAAACAGAAUAUAUUUUACCAAUAACACAAUGUUGAUGUUUAGAUCACGUAAAACUCCUUUGAAGAAGAAGAUUUUGAGUAGUUUCUCUCUCGCAGUGAUGCUUGGCUUGUCUUGGCUCACGGGCUACAUUUUGCUCAUAACCCAAGAAAAAAAUCUCAGAUUAAUUCUCAGUGUGGUUUUUUGUCUCUUAAACACAACACAGGGCCUUCAGAUAUUCAUUUUAUUUGCUCUGAGGCCUUUUUUAAACUCGAAUCCAGCUAUUCUUAACUCUCUGCAUGGACUGGAAAUAGGCUUGCACAAGAAAUCGUUUUUUUUAUGGAAAAACAACGCGCCAGAAGGCAAAGAAAGCUACAAAUCCACAGAUGAUUUAGCAUGACUGGCCAUCAAAGAGACGGUGUGGAUUGUUUGGUGAGACUGUUGCAUUGACCUCAGCAAAGAUGUACAUCAUGCAGUGAAAGCUGAGGAGGAAUAUCGUAUGGAGUCAGAUAUUUUAAGAAUGGUCUUGGUGUUUGUACAGAUUGAGUACUGUGCUCAAUUUUAUGUUCUGUGCACUUGUCUUGAGAAGCUUCUUGCACUCAAAUCUAAUUAGGUUUUAACUUUUACUGUUUUAUAGGACUGCAUUACAAUUAAAGCCACAUAGUUCGAGUUCACCCUAAAAUAUUUACAGUGUUCGCUCACCAUUAGGCUACCGAAGAAAUUAAUUUCUUCAUAAAAAGAGAUCCAAACAGCUGUUCAAAACAUCGUUGCUUGUGGAUUAUUGUGAUGUUUUCAUCAGAUGUUCAGACUAUGUGUGCGUCUCAAUCAG